AUGUGUCAUGGAAUAGAAACGGAUUCAUGGAAUAAACCAUACCAGCGAGUUCCAACAGGAAAUAAAUCAAAGGAAUCCUUUAAACUAAGUCAAAAAAAUCCAACAAAUUACAAAAAACUAAAAUUACAAACAAAUAGGACUCUUGAAAGUGAAUAUUUGAAAAGAAUAAAUAAGCGUUUAAAAGUGGUUAGAAAUGAGCACUUACAAAAUCGUCAAGAAAAUUUUGCUGCAAUUAAUUUGCAAAAGAUUUUCGACAUUCCUAUAGACUCAUCAACUUUUCGAAGAACUCAUAUCCCCCUGGGCUUAUUGAGUCAUUACACUGUUUUGUCCUUUAUUAAAAUUUUAAAUAAAAUUAGCCAUAAAAUAGCCACGCUUUUGUUUAAUUCUUCCAACGUUUUGGCUGCAUUUGGAACCUACUUAACUGGAUAA